UAUAUAAACAAGCCUUUUCCAUCUCCGCUCUCCUCUAACCACUUCCUACCAAACAAUUCCCAUGACCAUCAUACCACUAACUCGCUUCACGGCUUUCUGCAAAUUAACGAAACGUAGCCAAUUCGUCCGCGUGUUCUCGUCCACCGCUGUCACCAGGCAAGCAUUCCUACGUACACCCCUUACCCCGCCCAAGGGUCUCGCCCAGAAACAGCAAACCAGAAUGACCAGCAAAGUCACAGAUUGGGUCAAACCCGGCGACACGUCGGGCGAGUUCAAGCGCCAGCAAAGCUCGUUCCGAAACUGGAUCUCGCGCGAGCAGGGAGCAAAGUUCCCCCCCGAGAAGGGCCGCUACCAUCUCUACGUCAGCUACGCCUGUCCGUGGGCCUGCCGCACGUUGAUCACACGCAAGCUCAAGGGCCUCGAGGACAUCAUCAGCUAUUCCGUGGUCCACUGGCACCUCGGCGAGAAGGGGUGGCGCUUCGUUACCGAGGAGGAUAAGGACGUCCCCGGCGACAACGUGAUCCCCGAUCCCGUCCCGGGCCACGACGGCUUCAGGCACCUCCGCGACCUGUACUUCGAGUCAGAGCCGGAAUACAACGGCCGCUUCACCGUGCCUGUCCUGUACGACACCAAAGGCAAGACCAUUGUCAGCAACGAGAGCAGCGAGAUCAUCCGCAUGCUCUACACUGAGUUUGACGACCUCGUGGACAAAAAGUACCAACAGGUCGACCUCUACCCCGAGGCCCUGCGCGGCCAGAUUGACGAGACCAAUGAGUGGACGUACGACAAGAUCAACAACGGCGUGUACAAGUCCGGCUUCGCCACGACGCAGGAGGCUUACGAGCGCAACGUCGUUGCUCUUUUCGAGGCCCUCGACAAGGCCGAGGCGCAGCUCAAGUCCGUACACGACAAAGGCCCGUACUACUUUGGCAAAGACAUUACCGAGGCCGAUAUCAGACUCUUUGUCACAAUUAUCCGAUUUGAUCCCGUCUACGUGCAGCACUUCAAGUGCAACAUCCGCGACAUCCGCUCCGGAUAUCCCUACAUCCACAAGUGGAUGCGCAACCUGUACUGGAACGUGCCGGCCUUCAAAGACACGACGCAGUUCGAACACAUCAAGUGGCAUUACACCAAAAGCCACACGCAAAUCAACCCCUUUUCCAUCAGCCCCGUCGGUCCUCUGCCCGACAUCCUGCCGUUGGACCAAGAGGUAGCGGCCGUCAGCAUUAAGUUGUGAGAGACGUAAGAGGUCAUUUCC